AUGUCAGUCCCGGGAGGAAUCCCACACCCAAAUGGAGCUGAGAAGACCCCUGGUCCGGAAACCGACAGCCAGUAUGAUACCGAAGCCACCCUGGAGCAAAAGGAUGGGGGCGAGGAGAUGGAGGAAGAGGUUGAGCAGAUGUUGCGACAGCUCACCCGGCAAUCUACACAUUUCUCUGCCGCCAACGCGAAGAAUCCCUUUUUCGAAGAGGACACGAAGUCGUCCACCAUCCAUCCCGAUAGCCCUUCCUUUAAGAUCAAAGACUGGAUUCGUUCUCUAAUUGCGGCUCAAUCGCAAGACCCCGCUCGGUUCCGACAACCCACUGCAGGCAUUGCAUUCAAGAACCUCUAUGUCCAUGGUUUCGGCAGUCCUACGGAUUAUCAGAAAGAUGUUUUCAAUUCAGUCCUUGGAAUUGGCGGUCUUGUGCGACGUGUCACCGGCACUGGCCUUCAGAAAGUGCAGAUUCUCAACAAUUUUAAUGGUAUCGUCCGCAGUGGUGAGAUGCUUCUUGUACUUGGUCGCCCGGGGAGUGGCUGUUCGACACUGCUCAAAACAAUCUCUGGAGAAAUGAACGGCAUAUACGUGAGUGACGAUAGCUAUAUGAAUUACCAAGGUGUAUCUGCCCAAGAUAUGAGAAAGCGGUUUCGGGGCGAGGCAAUUUACAGCGCUGAGACUGAUGUGCAUUUCCCGCAACUUACUGUUGGCGACACGUUAACCUUCGCAGCUCAAGCGCGAGCACCGCGUACGCGGUUCCCUGGGCUGAGCCGUAAGGAAUACGCAUGUCACGUUCGUGACGUGGUUAUGACAAUUUUGGGUCUACGACACACCUUCAAUACUCGUGUGGGCAAUGAUUUUAUUCGCGGUGUCAGCGGUGGUGAGCGUAAACGCGUCAGUAUAGCGGAGGCCAUUCUCAGCGGUGCACCUUUGCAGUGCUGGGAUAACAGUACCCGAGGGUUGGACAGUGCAAACGCCCUGGAAUUCUGCAAGAACCUCAGGCUGAUGAGCAACUAUGCUGGUACUACCGCCUGUGUUGCUAUCUAUCAAGCGUCUCAGAAUGCUUAUGAUGUGUUUGACAAGGUUGUGGUUCUGUAUGAAGGGCAUCAGAUUUACUUUGGCCCGACCAAAGAAGCUCGCCAAUUCUUCGUGGACAUGGGUUUCGAGUGCCCUUCUCGCCAAACGACCGGCGAUUUCCUGACAUCACUCACCAGUCCCUCCGAGCGUCGGGUGAGACCCGGCUACGAAGACAAAGUGCCGAGGACAUCGACGGAAUUUGCGAAGAGAUGGCAAAGCAGUCCGGAAUAUGCGCGCUUAAUGCGAGAAAUUGAUAACUUCGAUCAGGAAUAUCCGAUCGGAGGUUCUGCGUAUGAUGAGUUCAAGGAGGCCCGCCGACAGAUACAAUCCAAACAACAGCGUUCUGUGUCUCCAUAUACCAUUUCUGUUGUUGAGCAGGUGAAGCUGUGUCUCGUUCGUGGAUUCCAACGCUUGAAGGGUGAUACCAGCUUGACUAUGACAGCGCUCUUUGGUAAUUUCUUUAUCUCGUUGAUCGUCGGCAGUGUGUUCUACAACCUCCCAGCGGACACUUCAAGUUUCUACUCCCGUGGUGUUCUCCUGUUCUAUGCGGUGCUACUGGCUGCAUUCAGCAGUGCCCUUGAGAUCUUGACUCUCUAUGCACAACGGCCUAUCGUGGAGAAGCAGUCACGAUAUGCUUUCUACCAUCCCUUUUCAGAAGCAAUCGCGUCGAUGACUUGUGAUCUCCCAUAUAAGAUCAUCAACUCUUUCACUUUCAAUAUUCCUCUCUAUUUCCUGUCCAACCUACGGCGAGAGCCUGGGGCGUUUUUUACUUUCUGGCUAUUUUCGAUUUCAACUACACUUACCAUGUCGAUGAUUUUCCGAUCUAUUGCGGCUGCUUCGCGAACACUAGCACAGGCCCUUGUCCCAGCUGCGAUUUUGAUCCUAGCCCUGGUGAUCUAUACCGGAUUCGUCAUCCCGACUAGGGAUAUGCUGGGCUGGUCACGAUGGAUAAACUACAUCGAUCCCAUUUCAUACGCCUUCGAGAGCUUCAUGGUCAAUGAGUUCCAGGGCCGAGAGUUUGAUUGUGUUUCCUAUGUGCCGUCCGGACCAGGCUAUGAGAAUGUGGAUCCGAUCAACCGCAUCUGCAGCACGGUUUCCUCCACACCGGGCUCUUCAACCAUCAAUGGCGACGCCUAUCUACUCACGGCAUACUCAUAUUCAAAAAACCACUUGUGGCGCAAUUUUGGGAUCCUCAUUGCAUUCCUCAUCUUUUUCAUGUUCUUGUACCUUAUCGGCACUGAGUUCAUCUCCGAAGCUAUGUCCAAAGGAGAGGUUCUAAUUUUCCGUCGUGGUCACCAACCAAACCAUGCUCAAGACAUGGAGUCUCCAGCACAGACAGUUUCCCGUGAUGAGAAGUCUCCAGGACAAAGCACUGCCAACAUCCAGCGUCAAACGGCUAUUUUCCAUUGGCAAGAUCUAUGUUAUGAUAUCAAGAUCAAAGGAGAGGAACGUCGCAUCUUGGAUCAUGUGGACGGAUGGGUGAAACCGGGAACGGCAACAGCAUUGAUGGGUGUGUCUGGUGCUGGAAAAACAACGCUAUUAGAUGUCCUCGCCACGCGCGUGACUAUGGGAGUCGUUACCGGUGAAGUUCUGGUAGAUGGCCAACCGCGGGACGAUUCGUUUCAACGGAAAACCGGCUAUGUCCAACAACAAGAUGUGCAUCUGCCGACUGCGACUGUGCGAGAGGCACUGCAGUUUAGUGCCCUGCUGAGACAACCUGCCCAUGUUAGCCGCCAAGAAAAGUUGGACUACGUGGAGGAAGUCCUUGACCUUCUCGAUAUGAAGCUUUACGCUGACGCCGUUGUUGGUGUUCCCGGGGAAGGGCUUAAUGUCGAGCAACGAAAGCGAUUAACCAUUGGAGUGGAACUGGCGGCCAAGCCACAGUUGCUUCUUUUCCUCGAUGAACCCACGUCUGGUUUAGACAGCCAGACGUCGUGGUCCAUCCUUGAUCUCAUUGACACCCUCACAAAACAUGGCCAGGCAAUUCUGUGUACCAUUCACCAGCCGUCUGCCAUGUUAUUCCAGCGCUUUGAUCGACUGCUCUUCUUGGCGAAGGGCGGUAGAACAGUGUAUUUUGGAGAGAUUGGAGAGGACUCUUCAACGUUAGCCAACUACUUCAUGUCUAAUGGUGGUAAAGCUCUUACUCAAGGUGAAAACCCGGCGGAAUGGAUGCUUGAAGUCAUCGGUGCUGCACCAGGUUCACACAGUGAAAUCGAUUGGCCUGAAGUAUGGAAUAACAGCAAAGAGAAGCAAGCAGUACGGGCCCAUCUCGCCGAGCUGAAGACAACUCUCUCCCAUAUACCCAAGGAAAAUGGGGCACAGGAUGGUUACGGCGAGUUUGCGGCCCCGACUGUUGUCCAGCUCAAGGAGUGCGUAUUACGAGUCUUCUCACAAUAUUGGCGGACGCCAUCCUACAUCUACUCGAAGCUUUCUCUUUCGAUUUUGACCGCCCUAUUCGACGGCUUUUCGUUUUUCAACGCGAAGAACAGCCAACAAGGAUUGCAGAAUCAGAUGUUUAGCAUCUUCAUGCUGAUGACUAUAUUCGGCAGCCUGGUUCAGCAGAUUUUGCCCAAUUUCGUCACCCAGCGCUCGAUCUAUGAAGUGCGCGAACGACCGUCGAAGAUGUAUUCCUGGCGUGUAUUCAUGGCAACGAACAUCCUGGUCGAGCUACCCUGGAACUUUCUAGUUGCGAUUUUGAUGUAUUUCUGCUGGUAUUACCCGGUUGGACUAUAUCGGAACGCGGAGCCAACUGACACUGUUCAUGAACGUGGCGCAUUGAUGUUCCUAUUUUUAGUCGGGUUCAUGUGGUUCACAUCGACCUUUGCCCACAUGGUCAUUGCGGGAAUUGAGAAUGCGGAAACAGGAGCAAAUAUUGCUAACUUGCUAUUUGCCCUCUUGCUACUAUUCUGCGGUGUCGUGUCCACGCCUGAGGCAAUGCCCGGAUUCUGGAUUUUCAUGUACCGUGUCUCACCGUUUACUUAUCUGGUCUCUGGGAUGCUGUCUACAGCCGUGAGCGGCACUGAUGUUGUCUGCGAUACGAUCGAGAGGCUGAAACUAGAUCCUCCCUCCGCCGAAACGUGCGGCCAGUACCUAGGUCCAUUUGCUAACGCUACUGGCGGUACGGUCAUCAACUGGAACGCCACCAGCAAUUGCGAAUACUGCCUGAUGUCAACGACGGAUGUUUUUCUAGCCGAGGUCAGCAGUUACUGGAGUGACGCGUGGCGGAAUUUCGGGUUGAUAUGGGCGUAUAUUGCAUUCAACAUUGUUGCCGCAAUUUCCAUCUACUGGCUCGCUCGAGUCCCAAAGGGGAACAAGACAAAAGGGUCAGCAUAG